GUUAUUUCAUCUGCAACAGCUGCUUUCAGCAUGGUGAGCUCAGUCUGACAUCUAUCAACAGGUACGAUGAUCUUGUCACAAGGGCAGCUCUAACGGCAGUCCCAAACUUCCGAUGGUGCAUGAAUACUCAGUGUAACGUCGGCCAGGUCUACCCCGCGAAUUGCUCCCGAGCCAAGUGCCACUCCUGCCAGCGAUCCAUGUGCGUGAGCCACGAUAUCCCCUGGCACAAGGGCGAGACGUGCCGCGAGUACGACCAGCGAACCAAGCUGCAGCACAGAGGUAACAAGGCGUCUCGGAAGAAGGUCAAGGAAACGACGAGGCCGUGCCCCAAGUGUAAGCGGCAUAUACACAAAUACAGUGGCUGCGAUCAUAUCACCUGCAUCUGCGGCCACGAAUGGUGCUACAUCUGCAGUGCGCCAUAUUCCAGGGACGACCAGGGGUCCCUCAAUUGCUUGCAUCACCAGACUUGUUUGCACCACUCACGGCCGCCAUUUGUUGAUGCCCGAGUUCCACCAAGACCAUUCGUGGGCAUGUUCACUGCUCAUGGAUUCGGAAGGAUGGCCCCUCCCCCUCUAGCAGGAGCGGACGGUCGGUCCGUACGUGUGUGACCACUGGCACCUAUAUGAGAUAUCCUCAUGCGCGGUGAAAGUCCUUUUGUAUAUUGUAGAGAGGCAGCAUGAAAGGAACAUGGCGCUUUCCGAUAAUGUGUAGUGCUCUAGAGGUUUGUUCUUUAGAAGAUGAUGAGUGCAGUGGAAUGCCUCCCAGCAGUAGUGCCGCGCAAGCUCGCAUAUACCUCAAAUGGCCGGAACAGGGCAACUGUGUUGUUGCACCCACCUUCACUAGUGGAGAUGCAGUUAACAAACCAAGACUGGACGAUGCAAGCAUCGACAAGAGACCGAAGCUGGC